AAUUCCACUGUGCUAUCCUAAAAUGAGAGGCAUGUUUUAUAUGGCGGGAACUUGAAAAGAUAUUCAGAAGUUGGAAAUAAAUAAAGCGCACUUCUUCCAUUGGCUUCUUCAGUUCAGCCUCCAACACUGCAAUAGUUUCUCUGAGUGUGUUGCGCUCUUAACGGAGGAAGCGGAAUAAUGGGAUCUGAAGCUAUGGUUUCAGAAUGGGCAUCGGAGCCUUGCAUCAUGGGAAUUGAUGAAGCUGGAAGAGGCCCUGUUCUAGGCCCUAUGGUCUAUGGUUGUUUAUAUUGUCCUCGCUCCUACCAGAAAACCCUCUCUUCUUUGAGUUUCGCAGAUUCUAAGACAUUGAAAGAGGAGAAGAGAGAAGAAUUAUUUGAAACUUUGAAAGCCAAUGAUUCUAUUGGAUGGGCUGUUGAUGUCAUUGACCCAAAAGAACUCUCUGCUAAAAUGCUCAAGAAGAGUAAAAUAAACUUGAACGAGAUAUCACAUGACUCUGCCAUGGGCCUUGUUGAUAGGGUGCUGAAAAUGGGAGUGCUUCUAACUGAGGUUUAUAUUGAUACCGUUGGAGAUCCAGGGAAAUAUGAAAUGAAGCUGUCUAAAAAAUUUCCAUCUAUCAAAUUUGUGGUUGCAAAGAAGGCUGAUAGUCUUUAUCCUGUUGUCAGUGGUGCAAGCAUAGUUGCAAAGGUCACAAGAGAUCGAGCUAUAAGAGAAUGGGUGCUUGAUGAGACUGCUGAUAACAUUGACAGGAACUUUGGCUCUGGAUACCCUGGAGAUCCCACAACCAAGUCUUGGCUAGAACAUCACAAACAUUCUAUCUUUGGUUUUCCUACAUUGGUCAGGUUUAGUUGGGGAACUUGUAGCUCUUAUUUUAAAGAUGGUGCUGAAGUCUUAUGGGAGUCUGACUUGGAUGAAGAGGGUGGUAGCAAUAGUAAUAAUAAUGGCAAGCGGCAAUUGAAAUUAAGGAAUGUCGGUUUCACCACAUCCAAGAGAAGAAGUGAAGAAAUAGAAUCAAGUGGUAAAGGGCGCUCUAGGUUUUUUCAGGCUAGGAAACUUGAGCACCUCACUAAUUUCUGAAAAAUUAUGCUUAGUGGUUGCCCCUCAAUGUCUUUGCAUUGUCCAAGUAAUUUCUAGCUAUUUGAAAUUAUAGAAUGUUGUAAAAUUGAAUCUUUAGGGAGCAUUUUCUGUAUAUACGCUUUCUAGGAUGAUUUUCUCAAACUAGGUCUAACCAGAUGUGUACUAGUACUGUGUCAAUUUAAUUAGUAUGACUGAUAUAAGUUGAAUUUUAAUCUACUUUGGAUGUUCCAAUCGUUUGAAA